AUGUUCUCUCCCCUAGCCUUCCCGACGGGCAUUAUCCUUUACGAUCUUUCAUUUUCCAUGCCCCCAAUAUCACACCUGGAAUUGUAUCCAUUUGAAUUAUUUAGGGAGCCAUUGGUAGUUCUUGCAAUAGCCGAUGGGUCUGAGCUUCCUGGUGGUGCAGACAGAAAUGGUGUCGACUCGAAUACUGACCAGUCGCCGAAACCAGAGGGACUGGGCUACCUCCAACAAGAGCUCGAGCUACUUAAGGAGAAGAACCCAAGGGCGUUGGUGCACCAGCUUCUAGUGUUUGAUUAUGAUGGUGUUAAUAAAGCCUCUAAUGGCCCCGAUAACGUUCUAUGGAUUCCGCCUCCGCAGGCCUCCAAGGCUACCACGAUGAAAACUGUACUAUGUGAUAUCACGUCGCUCCUCCUUUCUGAGAUGGACGAGUUUGCAAAGACUAUUCAGAGUAUCCCAACAAUUGAAUCCCCGAAGGCCUCGUCGUGGGGUCCGCAUCGUGGACCGGAUUUGCGUCGGCGCCCAACAGACAAGCUGUUUCAUAGGAUGACGAUGCCUGCCCAGCUUCCCACGGACCCAAGUGGCACGCCCGAGACGCCCGAAGCCUCCAACCAAAGCUCACCGACACCUGAAGAUCAUGAGACACCGACAACGUUCGAUGAGAUCACUCGAUCCAUCCAGGUGGCUAGUCGCUCCAAUACCUCCUUAGGCAAACCAGGCUCUCUACCAUCGUCCAAAGAGCAUAGUAGGGAUCGGAUGUCAGCCAGUGGCCUGAGUGCUACAGAUCGGACGAAAAACCGGAUCAAAGGUCGCUCAGGUGUCGUAAUAGGAACUCUGUUCCUCCAGUCUGGAAGAUGGCCCGAUGCUUUGAAGGAACUCGUCGAGGCAGCAUCUAACGCGAGGGCAAGCAGCGACUAUGUGUGGCAUGCCAAAGCACUCGAGUCAAUUCUCCUCUGCUUGCUGAUGUUUGCUUGGGCGGGCAUGGAUUUUCAGGUCCCUCCGAUAUGCUAUCCUGUUGCCGAUAAAUCUUCCAAAAUGACGGCAGCGAUCACUUUUGAUCCAACUUCUAGCCAGUCCUCCGCGGGGAAUCGAAUCAUUUCCCUCCAAAACCUCUCAAACCUUUUGCCUGAUCUAGCAAACAAUAUCCUCAAUCUCUAUAAUCGUGCGGCCAAUAUUACAGAUGAACCACUACCACAGCUCGUCUUUUCUGAAACAGUUAUUCGCUUGGCAAGGUUAUUAGUUGCCGCCCGAAUCCGCGAUGGGGCUUUGGAUGACAUUGCCUUGAAGCACGUUGUGAUGAAUGAGCCACUGGAACUUCUAAUCCGUCCUGAGCGGCCUCGGGGACUGACAAUCCUUCGAAAAAAUGAAAUUGCGAAUUUCCUCUUCCGCGCACUGCCACUUUCUGCGAGCUCGGAUUUACCUGCAACGGACGCGAUACCUAUCCUGAUUGGUGUUGUGUCUGUCCUAAACACUCUUGAUUUGCCACGGAAAAAGGCAUUCGUUUUAAGGGAGCUUCUAUCUAUUUUGGUUCCGGCUUUAGUAACGGCCCGCAAAAUCGGGGCUGCUGAAGUUGGUAUCCACCCCGCAGCAGGUUUAUCGUCGCUCAGUGACACUGCUUUUGACAUAAAUGCCCUUGAUAUAGGCCCAGGUAACAUGGAUCAGAGCAUGCGCGCGCUUCUCGGUACUAUUGGAGAAGUAUAUGGCGUACAAUCUUCGUCUUGGACCGAGCUAGGCAAAAGAAGGUCCGGAAGCGCUGCUGAUUUGGAAACCACUGAGUACGACUCAGUAGCUGGAAUCGCUGAACGGGCUUUUCGACACGUUGUCUUAGAUCGUUACGGUGACCUGAACCUCAAGAUUGAUGUCCUCAAAAUGUGCAUCAACUCAUGUGAAGCCCUUCCGGAUUUUGGUGGCGUUCUGCGAUUUACUGUUGAGCUGCUUCAAACGAUUCGAGGAGACCUUAUGCUCUCUAGGUUGUCUUAUACCGCACCUUGCUUGCAGCCGGACGAACAGGUCCGCCUUUUGAAUAACAUCAAACGAACCGUUGGUGCUGCGAAUCGGCUUGGUGUAGCUGGGCUGGAAGCCGAAUAUUGGGAUGAUUUCUUAGUUCGCGGUGUUGAGCUACUCUCCCUAUCUGACCCUAAUAAGCCAGUUCGUCGAAACAAAUCUGAACUCGACGCUGUUACUGCGACAAGCAAAAAAUCUACAAAGGAUCCGUUCCUGUACAAUCCAUUUUCUAAGGCCACUAGCAAGGCUUCAGAGUUGCUUAUGGUUGCCGGUGAACAUGCCGCAUUCCAGGUCACUCUUCAGAAUCCUUACGAAUUUGAAGUCGAGAUCGAACGGAUCCGCCUGGAGAGCGAAGGUGUGUCUCUGGAUGCCGUGGCUGAAUGGGUACUCCUUCCGCCGCUCUGUAUUCAGGACAUCACAGUAUAUGGAAUAGCCCAUGAGCAGGGCUCGUUGAAAAUAACCGGCUGUGCUGUUAAGGCUCGGUACUGUCGGGAGCGAAGCUUCCCUAUAUUCAAAGAUUUCUGGAAACCCGAUAUAGAGGUAAAAUUCAAACGAACCGGGUUAUCGGCCAAGAAGCCUUCUGCUGAUCGCCCUCUAUCUUGGAGCUCCACAUUCUCCAAGGAUGGAAAACCACUCUCAAAGAAAGGACCUGAAACAUCAUGUUGUGAGGUAAAAGUUAUCCGGCCCCAGCCGUCCCUCACAAUAGAGUCACUAUCACUUUCUCAAUCCGCUCUGAUGGUUCUUGAGGGUGAGAUGACAACUUUCAGCAUCACGCUGCGCAAUUCAUCUUCGUGCGACCUCGACUUUAUUCUAUUCACUUUUCAAGACUCGACAACGAAACAAAUACAGACGGCGCUCAGCAACAAGGACUUGCUCCCAGUUGAAAUAUAUGAAUUAACGCUGAAGCUCACAAGACCAGCUCUGCACUGGCGCAGAGAGGGCUUGAAUCCAAAUGACUAUUCCAUCCUUGCAGGGCAAAGUGCGACGUUCGUUAUCGACGUUACUGGAAACCCUGGGUUGCAGGAGGCUACAGUGCAGAUCGACUAUUCCAGCGUCGGAGUCUCUUAUGAAGCACUGCCUGACAUAUUCUAUACCAGACAACUAUUUAUACCGCUCACUGCAACUGUGAACGCGAGUGUGGAAGUGGCCCGUUGCGAUAUAUUACCCUUCAGUAGUGACUUUGCAUGGUCGAAUAACGGGAAGCUGGACAUCAAUCGUUCCGCCGGCGAAGCUCUCGAAUCUUCAGAUCUUCACAGCAGUGAUCAUUUCUCAACUGUUCUCUCAAAUCUGGCGCGCGGAUCAUAUGGCUCCGAUCACUGCAUUCUACUCCUUGAUCUUCGAAACGCCUGGCCAAACCCGUUAUCCGUUGCUCUGCAUGUCAUGGACAAGCCCGGGGAGUUGACUGACGAAGCCGGUCAGUACUCCCUGCGUGAGGUGCUUCAACCUGGCCAGAUGUCGCGCUUUGUUCUCGUUCUACCUCGUGUUUAUGUACAAAACCCUCAUGCCUCAAUACCAUCUAUAAACACGGGAUCCAAGAGACAGUUUGUUGUUAGUGCACAUAAACUUACAUUCGAAGCCGAAGCUGCAGCACGGGAGGCGUUUUGGUAUCGAGAAGAGCUUCUCAAAAGAGUCAGUGGGUCUUGGAAAGAAACCUUGGGCGGCCGUGAAGGAACAAUUGACCUGAGAAACAUGCGCUUCAAUGCUCGGAUGGUGGACGCAUUACGACUUGAGGACGUGGAGACGAGUUUCUCGUUGAAGCCUUCCUUCACUGGGAGUUCUCAAAGCGACGCGCCGGCUAGCGUUAUUCAAACAGGGAGGUCGAGAUACAAGGUCGAGACUGAUGAGAUGUUGGAUCUUACUGUCACUGUUCACAACCGCUCGUCUAGACCAAUCCACUCCCUACUACGACUCCAGCCCAGCCUUCGCAAUCAACCAAGCAAUGUUGCGCUUGAUCUUCCAAGACGCCUGGCCUGGACAGGCAUGCUGCAGCAAGUACUGCCCGUGUUAGGCUGUGGUGAAAACACGACUGCUACCGUCGGCGUCACCAUCCUUUGCCGAGGCGAGUACGAAUUCGGCGCAACAGUCGAGGAGCUACGCCUCCUACGCACAUCCCUCGAGGGGGACGCAAAAGACACCUCCGACCAUGCGUCUGUCUCUUACCCCAGCGAUGAAGAUUUCAUCAAGGACACUUUCGGCGCCGACAUGGCUAAGAAACGACGCAUCUGGCAUGCUAGAGAAACGUGUGUUAUGACUGCUCAUGAUUAA